GAGGAUCUUGAAGCCCUGAUAGCAGAAUUCCAGAGUUUAGAUGCUAAAAAGACCCAAGUGAUUGAGUCAUCCUGCCCACCCCCCUCACCCAGGCUGAACGGCUCCCUCUCUGCUCACCCUGAGAAAGACGAAUUGAUCCUUUUUGGAGGUGAAUAUUUCAAUAGCCAAAAAACGUACCUGUAUAACGAACUGUAUGUUUACAACAUCCGGAAGAACAGCUGGUCUAAGGUAGAGAUCCCCAACCCACCACCAAGGCGAUGUGCUCACCAGGCAGCAGUGGUGCCCACAGCCGGCGGGCAGCUGUGGGUAUUUGGUGGGGAGUUUGCAUCUCCCAGUGGGGAACAGUUCUAUCAUUACAAGGAUCUCUGGGUCCUGCAUUUGGCAACCAAGACCUGGGAGCAGAUCAAGGCAUCAGGAGGUCCCUCUGGACGAAGUGGACAUCGAAUGGUUGCCUGCAAAAGACAGCUGAUUGUCUUCGGAGGUUUCCAUGAGAGUGCAAGAGAUUACAUCUAUUACAACGAUGUGUAUGCCUUCAACCUGGACUCCUUCACCUGGAGCAAGCUGGCUCCAUCAGGGAUUGGGCCUGCUCCAAGAUCUGGGUGUCAAAUGGCUACCACUCCUGAGGGCAGCAUAAUCAUCUAUGGAGGCUACUCUAAACAG